CCGGCCGGGAAUGAGCGAUGAAGGAAACGACAGUGAGAGAGGUAGCCACGGCGGUCGGAUCGAAUUCGUGUAAACAAGACGCCGAAGUGUCGGCGGACAGGAUGUCGGACACCGCGGACAGGAGGAAGCCAACCGCGGGUUUUAGUCGGCGGACCAUGGCGGCGGAGGGUGCGUCGUUAUCCUGUGGACGGUCGAGUACCGCGGUAGCCGUCCUGUCCGUGGUAGCCAUUGCAUGUUCCAUGGCGGCGGUCGACUUGCGACACGCGGCCGCCGUUGGUCAACACUGGUUGUUGACGCUGUUUCAGUCGGCCGGCGAUCAACAGUGUGCAUUGACGUUACCGGACUUUUUUGAGGAUAUUCUACGGCCUCCAAUUGAUUGUUCCUACUGCCAAGGAUUAGACACCAUUGAGAAGGUAUUCAAUUUAUCAGCCGAACAUUUUGAAAAAGACUACGCGUACACAGGAAGACCAGUAGUAGUUGUCGACGAUUCCAAAGCCGAGCGGUCGGCCGAUUUUGGGUUUCGACUUUUCAAAAACUUGUCCGAUUCCAAACUUUUGACGCCAUGCCAGUUUUUCCCGUACAAAACCGAAUUCAACACUCUCGAGGAAGCUCUGAACAUGGACGACCAACGGGCAGCGAUGGCGCCCGGAUAUGCACCGUGGUACAUCGGAUGGAGCAAUUGUGAACGUAAAUCGAUAAACCGUCUGAAGGAACACAUAAAUUUACCGAGUUUCUUACCAAAGCUGUCAGACAGGAAGCAAACCCUUUGGAUUUUUAUGGGCACACCGGGACACGGAGCACCGAUGCACAUUGACAAGGUGGCAUUUCCGUCGUGGCAGACCCAAAUUAGUGGAUACAAAAAAUGGACGUUACGCACGCCGGCCGAAUGUUUUUUCAAAUGCAAACGAAAAUUCGAAGUUUUCAUGGAACCUGGUUCGACGAUUGUACUAGAUACAAAUAUUUGGUACCAUGAAACACAAACCAUCGGUCAAGAUAUCAGCAUAACUGUGGGCGGCGAAUAUGAUUGAGAUGCAAGACAUACACAGAGAAUAUUGUAGGUACUUAAAUAUUAGAAAUCAUUAACACUAGAAUUUCCAUGGCUUUUUUUUUAUUAUUUUAAAUUAACAUACACCAGCCAUUUAUAAGAAAUUUAAGACAACUACAUAAUUCAAAUUUUAAAUAUAGAUAUUAUUCUACUGCAAACAUUUUAUUUAUCAAAAUUAAAUUGUUGUAUCUAAUCAAAAGUAUAUUAUUUUAAUAAUGGAUAUUUACCCUGUAAUAGCAAUACAUCUAGAAAACAUAAUAUCAUAACGAUUGAAACAUUGAGUUUUCAUUUAGAAAGGCAGAUUGAAAAUACAAUACAACCGUAUUGUAAUAUAAAAUAAAAAACCCUGUAGUGUAUUAUAUUUGUAUUUAUGAGCACAAAUAAUACUGAGUAGAUAUUAUUUGACUUUCUAGAUAAUAUAUUGUUGAACAAUACUCCUGAGGUCAGUAAUGUAACAUGAGCACUUCUGUUAUUUUAUAUCAUGUUAUUGCUAAAAUGUAUAAAUAUAACAUAAAAACAAUUAAGUUUACUAAACUAUGGUUGAUUAAAAUAACCAAACAGAAUUUAAAUUAAAUUAAGUUCAAAAAAA